UAUUCAGCAGUCCCAGAUCAGCCCUGGAUUCUCCAAAACGCGACAAGUACUUGACGAUUCAUCAUCUCGGUCAAAUUCACUACUAUGCAACUGUCGCUGUACACCACCUCGCUACAGUCCGGUAGCAAGAACGAAAGAACUUAUAGUAAUAGGUCGAAAAUGACCAGGCAGAAGAAGAAACGCACGGCUGCCGAACGACGCCUCAACAGCUCCGCAAUGCAGGGGGAAGACACCGAAGCCAUUCCGCCAGUCCGCCAGCCAAUGCAGGAACACAUCCAUCCUGCACCGCUGCAGCCUCGAGGUACUUGUGAGUGUCUUCAGAAUGAAACAAACAUUCUGCUGUCGCCACGUUCCCUUCACCUGGUCCAUCCGGAGAUACGCCUUGGAUGUUCCGGGUUCUGUAUGUCUUACCGCCAUGCGAGCCCCUUUCACAUAGCGGUGCCGGACAGUCUUGGGUGUUCGUGUUGUCGUCUGUCGCCCACUCCGGAUAUCGACAAUAUGGAAAGCAAUCAAACCGCACAUCUCCUUUAGCCGCCAAGCCUACAUAUCCGGACAGUGCUUCAGGAUCUCCCCAAGUACCGCCAAUGUACCCUACGCCGCUGUCAUCUUAUACCCCCGUCUAUGUUUUGUUUCCCCCCUUGUCUGUGAGGCGUCUUCUGCAGACAGGCCGUGAGAUGUCACAUCCACGGCGCCGAGCGCCUGUUUUGCUCUCCGGUU